AUGAAGUGGUCAUAUCUGGAUACACUCUUGAUUGUGGUCGUAUCGGCCCAUUUAAUCAAUGCUCCAUACACUAAGGUGGAAGAGAGUUUUUCUAUCCAAGCCAUACAUGACAUUCUCAAAUAUGGUAUCUUUGAUAUCUCAAAAUAUGAUCAUCUACGUUUUAGUGGUGUUGUCCCAAGAUCAUUUAUUGGCCCCUUAAUAAUUGCUGCCCUUACUAAACCAUUUACCUCAAUGUCCCAUUUCUGGAAUCACUACAUGGGUAUUAAAUCUUCCACUGAUUUUGAAACACAACUAUUAGUGAGGUGUAUGAUUGGAUUGACCAAUGCUCUUUCUUUGAUAGUCUUAAAGAAUUCUGUACAAAAGCUUUUUGAAGAUUCGUUAACAAAGGAGGAGGUUGAAAAGAAUAACCUGGUUCAAGACUCAAACACCAAUUACUACACCACUAUCGGCUCCUGGUUUGUCAUUUUUGUUAUGACUAGUUUUCAUUUGAUGUUUUACAGUUCAAGACCCUUACCAAAUUUUGUGAUGACUUUACCCCUUACCAAUAUCGUAUUGUCAUUAGUACUAUUGAAUAGAUUCAAAUGGGCUAUAUUCUUAUGUGCAUUCACUGCUAUCAUCUUUAGAUUAGAGGUUGCUGGACUAGGUGUCGGUUUAACUUUAUUAUCUAUCUAUAUUAAGAAAAUUUCUUUAUCCAAUGCUAUCGCAUACGGUGGAUUUGGUGUCUCAAUUGGGGCUGCUUUUUCAUUGCUCAUCGACUCUUAUUUUUGGAAGGAAUCAUGUGUCCCUGAAGUUGAUGCAUUUAUUUUUAAUGUCAUCUCUGGACAAGCAUCAAAGUGGGGUACAGAAUCACCUAUUGCAUACUUCACUCAUUACAUUAGAAUGAUGUUUAUUCCACCAACUGUCUUACUUUUGAACUAUUUCGGUUUCAAAUUGGCACCAACUAAUUUGAAAAUAAUAUCAUUGGCUGCAUAUUUCCAUAUUUUCAUAAUGUCAUUCCAACCUCAUAAGGAAUGGAGAUUCAUUAUUUAUGCCAUUCCUCCAAUUAUGUUAUUAGGAUCAACCGCUGCAGCAUAUCUAUGGGAAAAUUUCAAAGUAGACUCAUUUGGUAGUAUGGCAUUGUUAGGAUUACUUCCUUUAUCACCCGUCUUAUCAGCCAUCUUCUCAAUGACUUCAUUAUACAUCUCUUCAUUAAACUAUCCGGGUGGAGAAGCCUUGGCAACCUUCAAUCAAUAUAUCCUCAACCAGAAUGUAACAAAUGCUACCGUUCAUAUCAGUGUUCCCCCAUGCAUGACUGGUGUUACAUUAUUUGGUCAACUUUAUGAAGAUCAAUAUGGAAUAACCUAUGAUAGAACGGAAAAUGAGCAAGAAUUGAAACAGCUAUGGCCCUCAUUCGACUAUUUAAUUACUCAUGAACCAUCACCGGAAUACUUACCACAAUUUGAUAAGAAUAAGACGUUAAGUUGGGAAAUUGUUGAUUCUGCAAAAAUGUUCACCGGUUUCAAUAUGACAUACGUCAAUGAACUAUUCUUUCAAGAGGACCAAAACGCUUUAUCUUUGAUAACAAAUACUCUGUUAAAAAGUGAUGCAAUGGAUUAUGUAUUGGAUGUUAUCGAUCACGUUUUAUUGAAAACCGAUGUAUUCUUCAUCUAUAAGAGAAUUAAGGAAGACAGUGAUAUGCAAGCAUAA